GGGGGGGGGGGGUUGCAAUCCUGGAACCCGUGGGUCCCCGGGGAGCCUGACUUUAAUCAGACCGUCGUUAAUGACAAUGGCAUCUCCAUGGAAACGAAGCGUCACGACACAAGGGGUGCGGGUGUGUGUGUGUGUGUGUGUCACAGGUGGGUAUAAAAGAGGCGGUGAACUGUGGACCAUCAGACCAGAGCCGGACUGUCCACCAUCCACGCGAGUCUGUCUCUGCUGCUGCUGCUGCUGCUGCGCGAGGCCACGCUGCACCGACAACAGGAGGACACACUCUCACUGUGAGGAGACGCAGUAAGGGAAACACCGUCACUGUGAGGACAUGCAGUGAGGACACACUCUUACUGUGAGGACAUGCAGUCUCUUUGAGGACAUGCAGUGAGGACACACCGUCUCUGUGAGGACACGCAGUGAGGACACACUCUGACUGUGAGGACAUGCAGUGAGGACACACCGUCUCUGUGAGGACAUGCAGUGAGGACACACUCUUACUGUGAGGACACACCGUCUCUGUGAGGACAUGCAGUGAGGACACACUGUCUCUGUGAGGACACGCAGUGAGAACACACUCUGACUGUGAGGAUACACCGUCUCUGUGAGGACACACCAUCACUGUGAGGACACACUCUGACUGUGAGGACACACCGUCUCUGUGAGGACACACCGUCUCUGUGAGGACACACCGUCACUGUAAGGACAGUCAGGACGUCCACAAUGUCUCCAUAUGAGUCUGACAUGAAGGACACGACGUCAGGUUGUGGGUGGAGCGUCGGGAGUCGGAGCUUCACCAACAGUCGUGAACGUUGGCGGCAGCAGAAUGUAAACGGAGCGUUCACUGAGCUGCGCAGGCUCCUCCCCACUCACCCCCCCGACAGAAAGCUGAGUAAGAAUGACAUCCUACGCCGCGCCCUCAGGUACAUCCACUUCCUGGACCGACUGCUGGACGAGCAGAACCUCGGGAAGGUUCCCCAGGUCCGACUGGAGAGUCUGGAGCAGGAGCACAGACUGCAGGGGGCGCUGUCUUCACCAAACUGUAGCUGUGAGAGUUCAGAGGAGCAGGAGAGCGGAGGAGACGCUUACCUGAGGUGUCUUCACCUGGAGACGAGCUGAGGACAAGGUUGUCUGCAGACUUAUCACACACACAGUUGUGUAACUGUUGUUGUUGUUGUUGACAGAACCCCAUGUGCUUUCUUUAAUGUUAAAGGAACAGUUUGUAUAAAAACCUGUGGUUUGUUUUAAUGAAUCUGUAAAAUUCAGAAAUAUUCAACAUUAACUCUUUAAAGGGACAAUUCAGUUUUUUGAAGAGUAUGAAGUACUGACACAUUGUCGGAACUGACUGUGCUGUGAGCGCCCCCUGCUGCUGACAACCAGAGACUCAGUUUAAGUCUCUGAUAUCUACGUCACAUGUUCACGUCUCACUGUUAGACGGACUUUUCCAACAGGAAACUGAAGUUUGUAAACCACUCACUCAUCAGUGAUUUUAGCUUGCGGGGAUACAGGAGCUGCUGGUCUACUGCUGCCUCGUGUGGUCACUUUGUGUCACUGAGUUAAGUCUAAAUUAAAUAUUUCAAAUGCAGAAUUCAUUAGAAGAAGACAUUUGAACUUAGUGAUGGAGGCAGUAGUGGAUUAACAACAAUUUUCUCUGUAGACUUUGGUUUGGGAGAGUUCGACUGAAAGGUGAUGAUGUCAUCAUUGUUGUUGUUUACUCUUUCAUUGUGCCUGUGUGGUGUUUUGAAUGUUUGUAUGAAUAAAAUUUGUAAAUAUUAAAUGUCAGACUUGUAAUGUCAUG